AAUUCCAUCAACAAAUAAACUAAUGUCUGUUUGUUUUGGAACAUAAUAUUAACCAUACCAAACUUCCCUAUAUACAUAUAUAGCUAGAGAGACCACUCUCAUUCAAAGCAUUACUCUCUUCGCGUGUGACAGUAAACAUGGGAGCUCUCGACUUUCUCUCCGACUAUUUCUCUAAUAAUUUCGAUGUUUCGAUAAGAAAACGGAAGAAGCAUAAAGUGUGGCAGACAGUGAACAUAAAGGUGAAGAUAGACUGUGACGGAUGCGAACGCAAAAUCAAGAACGCUGUUUCCUCCAUGAAAGGGGCCAAAUCGGUGGAAGUGAAUAGAAAGAUGCACAAAGUGACAGUGAGUGGCUACGUGGAUCCCAAGAAAGUAUUGAAGAGAGUGCAAAGCACUGGGAAGAAGAAAGCUGAGUUAUGGCCGUACGUUCCUUACACGAUGGUGGCUUAUCCGUACGCAGCUGGAGCUUACGACAAGAGGGCACCAGCGGGUUUUGUGAGGAAGUCGGAGCAGGCUCAGGCGCAGCCGGGAGGUACAGACGAUAAGCUCAUGUCCCUUUUCAGCGACGAGAACCCUAACGCCUGCAUCGUCAUGUGAAUGAGUUUAGUGCUUUACAUAAUUAUAAUUAGCAACGUUUUUUCUAUUUUUAUAAAGUUUGUAUUGUAAUCUUCUUGGUGUUCUAUAUAAUAAGAAGCAAAGCAACUUAUAGUAAA